GGAGAAAACUCAGGGAAAAGAAGAAUUCAGUUCUAUUAUAACUACUGACAAUGAAGAAGUUAUAUUUGCAGUUUUAGUGAGAUUCAAACCUCUGCUAAGAAGAGAGCUCCUCGCUGAAACAAUGAAAUCCUUCCUAAAAGUCAUUGUAUACCUAAUAGCAGCCAGUGCCAGUUCAAUAGCUCAGGACUUCUGCUGUUCGCAACGUAAUUGUGAUUCCAAUGUAAAUGUGGUGGCACACAUUGGAAGCUCCAUUACCAUCAUGUGUGAUCCCAAAAUGGGUGAAGUGAACUGUUUCUACAAAAAGAAUAAUGGUCAAAUUGAAUGCAGAAAAAAAACAUCUCCUCCGGGUCAAAAGGAGAUAACCAGUUCUAAGACACAUGACAAGUUCUACAAUGUGACCUUUUCUUCACUGAGUGUACAACCUGAAAAAGAAUACUUUUGUCUCCAGGAAGGCAAAGAUGAAAACAAUCAAAAAUGUUUCAGAAAGGUCUAUCUAAAUAUUUCAUGUGAUUCCAAUGUAAAUGUGGUGGCACACAUUGGAAGCUCCGUUACCAUCAUGUGUGAUCCCAAAAUGGGUGAAGUGAACUGUUUCUACAAAAAGAAUAAUGGUCAAACUGAAUGCAGAAAAAAAACAUCUCCUCCGGGUCAAAAGGAGAUAACCAGUUCUAAGACACAUGACAAGUUCUACAAUGUGACCUUUUCUUCACUGAGUGUACAACCUGAAAAAGAAUACUUUUGUCUCCAGGAAGGCAAAGAUGAAAACAAUCCACAAUGUUUCAGAAAGGUCUAUCUAAAUAUUUCAUGUGAUUCCUAUGAAAAUGAGGUGGCACACAUUGGAAGCUCCAUUAUCAUCAUGUGUGAUAACAAAAAGGAUGGUGUGAAUUAUUUCUGCAAAAAGAUUAAUGCUCAACUUUUAUGCAUAGAACAUGCAGAGACAGAUGACAAGUUCUACAAUAAGACCUUUCGUUCACUGAGUCGACAAGAUGAAGGAGAGUACUUUUGUGUCCGGAUAGACGACACUGACAAAAAUCCAAAAUGUUCCAAAAAGGUCCAUCUAAGUAUUUCGUAUUCAGGUGUGAUCGGUGGUGUGGUGGUGAGUGUAAUAUUGCUGAUAGCUGUGGUUUUACUCUUCGUGUACAGACACAAACUUCCCUGGAUACAAGGCUCAUCAGAUUGGAAAACCAAUUCUGGAGACAAUACAGAGGAAGUUCAGGGGAAUCGUUGUGAGGAACUCCAGGAAAAGACGACCCAGGCAGGAAAUGUAGUGUCCUCUGUUUAUGCCACUGUCAACCCUCCUCCAGAUCUGAUACACUACGCCAGCGUCAACUUCCAGAACGACUCUGCUGUGGUCUUGACAGGGUUGGAAACACCAUCUAAGCCAGAAAUAAACACCUCAACUGAAUACUCCUCUGUCCGUAAGAAUGCUGGUCCACUGGCACCAGAGACGACUCUUUAUUCUACAGUCACAAAAUCUGGAGAACCAUGAAAGAAGCAAAAAUCAACGAUGCAGAGUAAACACUGUUUAUAUACCAAGAAUAUUACAAGUGUUUCUCUGCAUUUAGUUUAGAUAGUUUAGUGAGAUUUGUAAUAACAUACCUCAUUGUCUAGGACAAUAUAUAUUGCUUUACAAGCUAGUUAGUGCAUGUAGUGUAGUUUGUCAGUGAACACCAGCUAUAGGUGUAAAUAUUAACAAAUGUUUGUAUGUUGAAUAAAAAAAAAUGAGAGUUCUGCUCACUCACUGAAAAGUCACUGAGAAUAUGUAUAGCACACAGCUACAUGUAUAAGACGUAGAGAAACAAAAGUCUGUACAUAAACAUAUAAAAUAAGGCUUCUGUUUUUUCAGAUAUUCUGUAAUGACGCAAAAAUUAUGAAUUUUUCUGGUUGUCAAUAUGAUCCUCCUUUUUACCGAGGAGAAACAAUAAUUAACAUACUAAUGACCCAAAGAGUGCAUAAUUUACGUGGCUGAAACAGUGUCUAUUGGUUUUUUGUAGAUACAACAGGCAUUUCUGUUUAUUGACACUAUACAGCAUCUUAGUUGAUGGAUCAUUGUUAAGUUGGCAAUUAUUCACAUAGUAGCAUAUGUUUAUGUGUGUAUAUAAAAUGCCCUAAUGCUAAGUGAAUAAUCUGUCAGUACUGCAGUACUGGCUGAUCUGAACCGUCCCUGUUGUGUAAAUGCAUGUAGUUAUCGUCAGGAUGCAGAUACAUUAACAGAUUCAAACCACCUCUGAAAAUCAUUUAUUCCUGCUCAGUCAGUCUUGUAUGUAGGCUGGUAUCAGUUGUUGUUGGUCAGUUGCUGUUUGGAUGUCUGUUUAUUAUUGCUGGCUGUAAAUGAAAUUGCCCCCCAGGGUUAAUAAAGAUUGCUUGUACUUAAUACUAUGAUUUUAGACUUAAACGUUCUGUCUGUCUGUUUGUUUGUUUGUUUGUUUGUUUGUUUGUUUGUUUGUUUGUUUGUUUGUUUAAUCAAAUACAAUAAAGUAUG